GCCAAACAUUGAUAGGGUCACACUGUUGGGCCACACUCGCAUUUGUUGAUAAUCUUGUUGUUUUGUUAUUGUUUUAUAAUUGUUGUUCAUGUCGAAAUGGCUGAUCAACAAACGGGGAUGGAAAUGUCAUCAUCAUCAUCAUCUGGAGACUUGUGUUUAUUGUGUCUAGAAAAUUUGGCCGGUUCCACCGAUGUGGAUUUCGAGAAGCUUCACUUAGCCGCAGGAAUGCUGCAAAAACUCUUUCAGUGUUAUCAAAUAAAGGUGGAUAUCAAGGAUUUGCCGGGAUGCAUUUGUGAUCAUUGCAUGGCUGAGGUACUCAAAAUGUGCGAUAAUUUACGCAGUUGGGGUGAGGCCCAAGGUCGACUCCAGUCACAGGAGACGGGUAUAUCAGAUGAGGAGGAGAAUGAAGAAGAAGAAGAAGGAGGAGGUCAUAACGAAUCAGAGUAUGCGCCAGAGAACGAGAACGAGGCGCAGAUCAAUGAGGGGGAGGAGGAUAAUGAAGAAGACACUGUGGUGGAUGUAGAAAGUAUUGACUGGGCCGGUCCAAUCGAUAGUGAUUAUGAGGCCCUUGAUGAUCUCCUUAGUGAGGAAUAUGUCGAGUCUCCAGAAGUCAAAUAUGAUCCAGAUUCGGUAGCUGAAUUGGAUAUCGAUGCCCUUGUGCUGGCCAACAAUGGUGGCAUCUUUGGUAAAUUGGUAACAGAUCGCACAGAUAUGUAUUGUUACUACUGUCACAUGGUGUUCCAUGGUGGUACCAAGCUAAGACAUCAUUGCAUUUACGAUCAUAGUCAGCUGCAUUAUGCUUGCUUUGAUUGCGGCGAAACCUUUUUGGAUUCGAACCAACUGCACAUACACCAGGCGGAUAAACAACAUCAAACGACUGUGGUUAAUAAUCAAGAAAAAGAUGAUGAUACCGAUGGUGGUGGUGGUGUUACUGUUGCUGCUGACGAUAACGACGAGGAAUCGUCCGAAAUUCUGCACUAUCGCUGCCAAAAGUGUGGACAAAUCUUUGAUCGAGUUUAUAGCAUACUGCGUCACGAACGCGACGUACAUAGAAAUCCGGAAAAUUAUGAGUGCAACGAUACCGAUUGUCGAAGAGUUUUUGACACAAAACGCGGUUACAGCAUCCACAUGAAAAAGCAUGUCAAACGUCUUGGCUCGACGGUAAAAAUGGUAAAGACAGAUCCCACGAAGCCACCAACCACAUCCCCCACACCAGGAAACUUUCCCUGUCCGAUGAAGCAUUGCCAAAAAACGUUUCAAACUCGGGCCCAGUUGGCCUAUCACAAGAUCACCCAUUCUGGUGAGGAAUUUUAUUGCAUAAUCUGCUCGAAAAGAUUGUCAUCACGUAGCAAUAUGCGUCGGCAUAUACGCACUGUUCACAAUCCAUUGCAGCAGGAGCAAAAGAAACGCAGAAGACAAGACGUCACAUGCGAAUUGGAGGGCAUCGGUGAUGAUGAUGAUAUAAUGUUAGAACUCGUUGAGCAACAGCGUAAAAUGGAUGAUGUAUUACAAUCACAUCCUGAUUCCCAAUUGCCACCAUUAACAUCGCCGGCAUUCAUAGUCAUUGGCAAUAGUUCGAACAAUUUCAAGAAUACCAAAAAACUACAAGGUGGUCAAUUUAUAUCGCUGAAAUGAAACGUACACACACAUGCAUAUAUACACAUAUAAUUGUAUAUCUAAAACUAACUGUAAUAACAACCAACGAGACUAGUUUUGUAUAAACAAAAACAAAUGAAAUGGCUAAAAUGUGCGAAGGGAGCAAUUGACAUUCGAUUUCCAAACUCAGUGAUCAUCAGACUAAAACCUUUCACUAUUCGGAUUAAACACACAUAUAUAUUUAUAUAAAUUACCCUUUUCUUUUCAUGGACUGUAUAACAGGUAUUCAAGCAGUCCGAAAUGAAACCUUUUUUAAAGCUCGAAAACAUUUUAAACAUUAGAUCAUUAAAUACCUAUAUUGUAUUUUCUUUUGUUUCUAUUUUAUUUUCAUCUUUUUGCACAUAAAUAAUUGAUAAUCUUAAAAACUAGUUUUAAAUAAACUAUCGGAAUAAAAUAAAAU